AUGAAUUUUAAAGGUUUAAUUUGUCUUCUUUUUAUCGUCCCUGUGAUCAAUGGUCAAAAUCCUUCUAUCAGUGCUCAAGUUGCUGUUGAUGGACCAGGAGCGUCGCUUCUUGGUGUCCCAUCGACUAUUGGUUUGGGUGGACCAGGAAAAGGUUUUGGUUUCAAUAUGGGUCCAUUUAGUUUGGGUGGAUCGGCUGGUCAAGGAAGUGCCAGAGGACAGGCUGGUAUGAGUGUUCCUAGUUUUGGUGGACCUGGUGGGCAGGGAGGUUUUGGUGGUAAUGGUCAAGGAGGUUUUAGUGGACCAGGAGGAUUUGGAGGUUUUGGUGGCCAAGGAAAUCAAGGUGGUUUUGGUGGUCCUGGAGGAUUCGGUGGGGGAUUUGGAGGUAGUCAAGGUGGUCCACAAGGAGGCUUUGGUGGUAACCGAGGUUUUGGAGGCUCUGAUGGUCAACAACAAGGUGGCUUUGGAGGUCCUGGAGGUUUUGGUGGAUUCGGUGGUCAAGGAGGUAACCAAGGAUUUGGUGGUCCACCAGGUUUCAGAGGAGGUUUUGGAGGUCAACAAGGUGGUCGCGGAGGAUUUGGUGGUCAACAGCAAGGUGGCUUUGGAGGUCCAGGCGGUCCAGGAGGUCCAGGAGGAUUUGGAGGUUUCGGUGGUUUUGGAGGUAAUCAAGGUAAUCAAGAUGGUCAAGGAGGUUUUGGAUUUGGUGGACCACAAGGUGGUUUCGGUGGUGGAUUUGGUGGUCCUGGAGGAUUUGGUGGCUUUGGAAAUCAACAAGGUGGCUUCGGAGGUCCCGGAGGAUUUGGAGGUCAACAGCAAGGUGGUUUUGGAGGUCAAGGAUUUAGAGGAGGUCCAGGUGGACGAGGAAUCCCUGGUUUUGGAGGUCCACAGAUUGGAGGUUUCGGAAUCGGUAGUCCAAUUGAUGGUCAAGCUGAUCUUGGUGUUUCAGCAAGUAUGUCAGCUGCACCAACCGGUUCAUUAGGAGUUUCAGUUUCAACCAACGGGUCAAAUUCUGGUAGUAAUUCAGGCAUGAGUGCUUCAGCUGAUGCUUCAGUCGCUGUCACAACAGCUUCUUCUGGAACAGUUUGA